CCAGGGUUUAAGCUUCAGCAGACGAGAUAGAAAUCAGAGGGCAGCCAUGUUUCCAGGACUUGUUAUACGCAAGCCAGACAAGGCCGCCGCCUUGAAGCAGCUAAGGGUUCACGCUGCCCUAUUUGGGGCCUGGGUCGCCGCGGUUCGCAUUACCCCUUACGUUCUUCACUAUUUCUUCGAUGAGAGUGAAGAGCUCAAGCUCGAAUUGUAGAUCCCUCUUCUUCCCCUCUCAUUCUUUGCAGUUGCUUUGCGAGGCGAAGAUGAGGCCUUGGAUGGUGAAGAGAGUUAGCAGAGUUUAUUGUCCCCCUUUCAGCCCUGCUCAAAUGCGAGGCCAGGGUGUUGUCAAAUUAGUUAGUCUCUUUCUGGCCUUUUGCUUUGAUAAUUUUUCAUGUCGAUUGAGGCUAUACAUUUUUUAAAAGGAUGCUUAAUAUUAUGCAUUGAUAUUGUAAUGUUCCCAUAAUAAUAGUAGGCCCCUUUUAGCCAGUGCUAAAGUAGGUGGCAAAUCCUUGACCCCUUCUUUUGAAAGCACUGGCUGGCCACCUUACUCUUCUCAUUUUCACAUUACUUUUUGACAAUUCUUUGAUUUGAUGGCUUCAAUAGAUUAGUGAAUUGCAA